AUGGCAGCCCUCUAUGGAUGGAUUUUUUGAUGUGUAAUAGGUAUUGCCACCCAUACUGCAGCUUUUUUGAGGGAUGUCAUGCUCCUUUCCAGAUUAUUUUUUAAAAAAGUUUGUUCAUUGUGGCUGAUGCUAGCUAAGGGAUUAAAAUGUUAUUAAUGGAAAAUAAACAGAAAACCCUAUCAAGUCCUUCCUUCCUUCACUAGCAGCUCAGAAAACUGGAGUAUCGUCAACUACAACCCAAGUUCUCCGUCCUCCUGUUCACACACAAGCAGGUUCAGCUCCUAAACACGUCUGUAAAGAACCUCAAUGCUCUGGCUAAGUGAAACACAUGCAAUAAAGUGUUGGUUUUUUUUUUAAAAUAAGAUCACAUGAUAACCACAUUUACUUUUGUACAUAUUUUGCAACAUAAUGCCAACAACUGUAAUUAAUCCGGCCUCCCCACACUACUUUAAAUGUUGCACAUAAUGUGCAACCUUUACCCAUGAGAAUAGGCAUUCUGGCAAAGGCUUUAAUCAUGCAAUUAUAGGAUUACGUUAUAUCUCUUUCCUUACAGGAUUUUAGCCUUAAGGACAGAAUUUCUGGAGAAUUAAGUGGCCACUUUCAUAAAGAUGUUCAUGACAGACACAAAACAGUUCCUGUAACUUUUAUUUAUUUUUUUUUAAUGGAGAGAAAAAAGGGUCAAAGGAAUUGGUGACCAAGUUUUUAAUCAACAGCUGAUUGCCAACUGGCCAAAUUUGUGUUCCUGCUUCAGAAGACGAAGGCGCCGCGUCUAGCAUAAACAGGUCUCUGUUAACUCCCCCCGCCCCCCCCCCAACAGCAGCAACGUUUUGAUGUGACUUUCCAUAACUUUCUCCGCAGAACAGCGAGUGCAAACAGCGCUGUGAUGCGCAAUACUUGGCAUCCCCAGAGCCGAAGAGGAGGAGAACGGGGUGGGGCCGGGGCCGGGGGGCGGCCGCGUCCUGCGCCGCCGGCAGCGAGGCGGAGGGCGCGGCACGCACCGGCGGGGGGCUCCGCGCCCCUCACUGCCCGGGGAGCGCGCACAGCCCCGGCCGCGCCUACGGGCGAGGGGGCUCCACGCUCGGCGGCGGCCGCGGGCAGGCGGGCGGGCGGGCGGGCGGGGAGGGCUCACGGCUCGCCCUGGCGGGCGCGGGGGUCCGGUGCUGCCCGCCGCGGUGCGUCCCCCCUGCCGCGCUGGCUCCGUCUCCCCGGGCCGGGCGCCGCGCCCCCGCCGGCCCCGCGGAGCCGGGUUGGGCAGCCCGGGAGGCGGCUCCUCCGCAGCUCCCGCCCCCCCGCGCCGGUGCUGAAGCGCCUCGGCCGCUCCCCGGCAGCACCCCCGGGACAGCGGUGCCCCGUCGGCCCCGCAGCAGCACCCGGGCCUCCCUCCCUGCCGCUGCUCCGCUGCCGAGGACACCUCAUGGGAAAUAAAUAAAUUAAUUACCCCACUCACCCCCGCGGCAGGGAGAGGAGCCGGCGGCGGCCGCGGGAUUAGAUCCAGCCCGAGCUAGAGACCAGCCUGGUUCGAGACGAGACAGAGACCAAAAAUGCCACCAGCAUCAGCAGCGCCACAGUACCCACCUCCAGAUGGAGGCUGGGGAUGGGUUGUGGUCUUUGGGGCUUUUAUUUCCAUUGGGUUUUCCUAUGCAUUCCCCAAAGCCAUCACAGUAUUCUUCAAAGAAAUACAAGAAAUCUUCCACACAUCAUAUAGUGAGAUAGCUUGGAUAUCAUCGAUAAUGUUGGCUGUCAUGUAUGCAGGAGGUCCCAUAAGCAGCAUUUUGGUGAACAAAUAUGGUAGCCGGCCUGUGAUGAUAGCAGGUGGUAUCUUGUGUUCAUUUGGAAUGAUUGCUUCCUCUUUCUGCAAUAGCGUCCUGGAACUUUAUCUAUGUAUUGGUGUCGUUGGAGGUCUGGGUUUAGCAUUCAAUUUACAGCCUGCCUUGACCAUGAUUGGCAAGUACUUCUAUAAGAAGCGUCCCAUUGCUAACGGACUGGCCAUGGCUGGAAGUCCAGUGUUUCUGAGCACAUUGGCACCUCUCAACCAAUUCCUCUUUAAUGUGUUUGGCUGGAAAGGAAGCUUUCUCAUUCUGGGAGGACUUCUUUUGAACUGUUGUGUGGCUGGGUCACUUAUGAGACCUGUUGGACCGAAAACAGUCCCGCCUAUAAAAAAAGAUGUUGAAAAAGGCACAGGAGAUUCUCCCUUGCACAAAAACAACAAGAAGUCUUUUUGGCAAACCAUGAAUAAAUACCUAGAUCUUUCCCUCUUCAAACACAGAGGGUUUCUGAUUUAUUUGUCUGGGAAUGUCAUUAUGUUUAUCGGUUUCUUUGCUCCAAUAGUAUUCUUGGCUCCUUAUGCCAAGCACAAGGGAAUUGAUGAAUAUUCUGCUGCAUUUUUGCUGUCUAUCUUAGCUUUUGUAGACAUGUUUGCUAGGCCUUCAAUGGGACUCGUAGCAAACUCCAAGUUUAUCCGGCCAAAGAUUCAGUACUUUUUCAGUUUCGCUGUCUUGUAUAAUGGCGUCUGUCAUAUUUUGUGCCCUCUGGCAACAAAUUACACUGGCUUGGUGAUAUAUGCUGUAUUUUUUGGGUUUGCAUUUGGAAUGGUUAGCAGCGUUCUUUUUGAGACAUUGAUGGACCUCGUUGGGGCUGCCAGAUUUUCCAGUGCAGUUGGACUUGUCACCAUCGUGGAAUGUUGCCCUGUGCUCAUAGGUCCUCCUCUAGGAGGUUGGUUGGUAGAUGUUACUGGUGAAUAUCAGUACAUGUAUUUCGUCUGCGGAGUGAUUGUGAUUGUGGCCAGUAUCUGGUUAUUCAUUGGCAAUACCAUUAACUACAGGCUUUUGGCAAAAGAAAAGAAGUUAGAAGAUGAGAAGCAGAAAGCACAGAAGAAUGCUGACUCAAAGGAAGCCGAACCAUUAACAAACAAUGAGAACGAAGAUGCUGCCAGCAGAGCUGAUAAAGCUCUUGAAGAUCCUUCAGAAAGAGAAACCAAUAUUUAAUCUGCAGUAUAGCUCAGAAGGCAACAUUUAUGACUUCCAUUAGAAAUAUGUCUUCAAGACACAGGCCAGGUUUUUUUUGGUAAUAAUGAUCAGUCACAAUAUUGGAUGGGAACAGAUUUUUGCCCUGUGGCAAGACUCUUAGUUAAAUUACUAUCUACAGUUUAUUUAUUUCAGUGAUACAAAAUUGAGAUUAAAGAGGUACUGACUCCAUGCAAAUGAGUCCAUCAGACUAUGACUGGACAAUCAAGAGUCAGGUAAACCAGACAAUAAAGCCUUCCAAUAACAGUUUUGUUUAAAAUAUGUAUCUAAUGCAAAAGUAUCUCCUAGACUUAUUUAGGAAGAUACUUUGCUUUCUUUAGAAUAUUGUUAAAGUCUGUUGAAAUCAUCUGCCCAAACUGUAUUUACCACUAAUAUUAAAAAGAAUAUAAGCUCAAAGAUUUUUUGAAAAGAGACAGAGUACCUGAGUGAAGCACACUGAAACUUUUUUCUCUUUUGUAUGCCCACUAGAUCAAAAAGAUACAUUAUGCCUGUAUAAACAAUUAUAAUAUGGAUGUAAAAAUUAAGGUUAGGAGACGAACAAUUGGUGGGCACGAUCUCUAAAAUACAAUAAACAGCUGAAUUACAAUAUAUUCCAGAAGUUGUUUCCUCCUGUGAUAGCUGACUACAUUGUAUUUCAACGUACAUUUGAAUCCAAAGUAUGUUCAGACUUUGCUAAUUCAAACAGAGCUAAAAUCUGUCUGUAUAUAAAAGGAUUUAAACCCAAGAUUUACAUUGCUAACAAGAGUGGCAAUUAGGUGUUUUGCUUUUUUUUUUUUUUCAUUAUGUAGUCCUGUAUGGCUGAAGGGUCUGCACUGGACUGUGAAACUUUCUUCCUAAAGGGACUAGACUCAGAACCUGCUGAUGUUAAAAGGAUGCUUACCCUUGGCUUUUGUGGCCCAAAUCAGUUUGGUUUAUUGGCGCGUCAUUAGUUGUUUGAUGGUCUGCUGGGAGGAUAUUUAAGGUCUAACUUCAGGUAUUUGCAGACAGGUAACUGUACCAGUUCUCAGCUCCCUUUCCCAAGUAUUCAGUGAAAAGCUACUUCCUUUUUCUAAUGCCAGUUUGAGCAAAAAUGCUGCAAGGCACAUUGACAGUGCCAGUCUGGAAGCUUUGUAUUGACAUAUCAUUUUUGUGCAGGAUAUUUGGUCUUGUGUCUACAGUUUCACACAGACACUCCUAUCAAUUAAAAUGUACACAACUGUUCCUCUUCCUUUAGGCAAAAGGAAGCAGAAGUCUACAAUUUGACUUUACAGAAAUCAUUUAGCAUUGCACUUGAAAGCUAGAAAUGCAAGCUUCUGAAGGUAUUAAGUGAAAAUAUUUCUGUUCUGUUUGUAGGUGAGGAAAUGUGUUAUUUGUUUCAGAGAGAUGCCUGCAAAUGACUCAGAAAUUGUGAAAAUUAAGGGUCUGAUUCAUAAAACAUUUAUGCACUGUUUAUGGAGGAUACACGUACACUCAAUUCCAGGAAAAGAAUGUAAUUCUUUUUAGUUCUCUUUUAAAUCGCAAAAAGUUGCAAGUAUAUUGGACAGACAGCUAGCUGUGUUAAACACACUUUGAAGCACCAAUAAUGAAGAAAAAAUUAAUAGUAAAAUAAACAGACACAGGAGUGCUUUUAAGAAAGCCAUUUCUUAAUAGUAAUGUUUGAUAUUACUAUAUCCACUCUUCUAAAAAAAUUCUGGCAGAGCUUGCUUCUGUUUUGCUGGGUUAUCAUCUUACAUACUAUGAAGUUCCACAGUAAUGCCGAACUUUUUCAUUAUCUCAGCACUGUUUUGGAGGAGAAGCAUCAUGAAUCUACUCACAGCAUGGUACAGAAAUUAAUACCUACUUUUUACCUAAUUAUAUGCAGGAAAACCAAAUGUCUUCUACAAGUCCUGUAGCAUAUAGGCAUAUCAGCAACAAAAUAUGUGCAUUUCAGAGUCUGGGGAGGAAAUAUGGGUUACAUGCUCAGAUCUGAGCAGUGAACUGUGUAAAGGAGAAUGAUUUAGUCCUACUAAAAUCACAGUUCCUCGUUCAGCCCCCAGCUUCAGAGAAGUAAUAAAUACAUUGCACCUCCUUCCAAAUGUAGCCCUGCCAGCACCCCAUGAGGUAAAAACAUUGCUUGGUUUUUAGCUAUACAGACAGAGUGAAUUCAGUAUCUAUGAAGUACAGCCAGAAAGUGAUGAGGAAUUUCAUAGACACCAAGUUUUCAUAGAGUGUGGAAUAUCAGUUAGAAAUACUGGAUUGUAAACGAUGAACUGAAAUUUUAUCCAAAGAGUAGUCCUCAGGAACAUCACUCUUCUCCUGACAGCAAGUGGUAGAAAGGCAGAGAUUAUUUGAAAAGAGAUGAUUAUAGAGGCUGAACCAAAAUUACGGAGGCAAAAUUCUCGGUGCUUAUUAUCUCUUUGCAAAAACCAUCAUGAUUAAGAAUACAGGGUAGAAGACAAGUGUCAACUUUUGACUUAAGUCUGGUAAAAUUUGCUGUUGUGUAAAUAAAGGACUUGGAAAAAAGAUGAUAAAAGGCUCUCAGGAAACAUGCAGGCAACUUUGCUGUUGUAUGCAGGAUCACAGAAUACAAUGCAACAUGGCAUAGGAGAUAAGGGAAGAACAAGGUUCCUUGAGCCUUAGACACACCUAACCACAAGUAACAAAAAAUUUUAUUACUAUCUCAGAGGAAGUAAAAAUUUAUAUAAACACAACCUUCUACAGAGACACCAUACUUCCAUCUCUGGUCAAUUACGUUAAAAAAUAAUAGGAAUGAAAGAGCUGCUUCAGCACCACUCACCAAUAUGCAAUUUUUAAUCCCAUAAGGGAAAAUGAUACAGCAGGCAACUGGAGCAAUAUAAGGUAGCAACUGAAUCAAGUGAAACAUUUCCUUACACCUCUUUCAUUACUUUUCCUCUUAAUACUAGCAACAAAAUCAAAACCGUCAGAAUACUCUUGAUAUUACUGAAUGUUAAAGAAGUUAAAAUCCGGAGAUGAAUGAAGAAAAUUGGAACCAUAUGCAAAAACUGCCUGAAAUUAAAAAGCUGUAUGUUCCAAAUAACAGGUCCUAAAGAGGCAAUUGCCUUCUAUAGGUAGCUCUUAUUUCUAAAAGUAAUAAUAAUAGCAAAUUACCUUGAAUCAAUUCUGUAAUGAGCAGCAAAGUAGCAAAAUGAGUAUAACUUGCCUUCAUACCCCUGAAUAUCACUCUGCACUGAGCUAUAAUUUGUACUGCAAGUCAUUUCAUCAUUACAUUUUUGCUUUCAGGAUAAGACCUGGGUAUAUACCAUCUCUCUAAAUUCCCUUGGUUUCUUUUAAUUACCUCACCCCAGUCUGGACCACUGUAGGGUCAGGACUAAGAGAUGGCCCUGACUUACAAGGAUGAAAUGUACUCUCAAACUUCAAGACAUACCACAUGCAUCUUUUAUGCACUAUGGAGUCUGUAGUCUCUGUCAAUCAGUGCAAGCAAAUCCUUAAUUGGUCUUAAUCUCAUUUAUACUCAUGUAUACUUCAUCCUUUUCAUUUCUCUGCACAAUAUUGAUCAGUCAAUAAAAACAAUGCCAAAACCUUAAAAUUAGUAGGAAAGGAGAUUACAUUAAUAAUAUUUUUCCUAUUUAACAUCCAGGUUAAAUUUCAUGUAGUUUCAGAGUACACAUCCGGAUACUUUUAUUUUGACAUCGUACUCUUCUCUGGUAGCUGGAGAGGUUUUUUGUAUUGCCCUUUCCAACUCCAGAGAAAGACUUCUCACCAGUAAUUCCCAGUACUUUUUCAACAACAUGUCGAAAGUUCACCCCUCCUGCCUCUCCUCAUUGAACUGUGGUUGCAACCAUUGCCAGUUCUGUAUUUCCAUUAAGUUCAUAAAAGCAUAUUUUUAUAUGAAUUCCUGUAGCAUAACUAGUAAGACUACAAUCCCUUUAUUUCAGGAGUGUGAUUUCUGAACUGUUUUGACAGAGUUAGAGAAGGUCUUAUUUUAUUUUCAAAGAAUUUGUUUUGUUUUAUUUGGUUGGGUUUUUUAAAUUAUGUUGUCCUUAUGAGAGAAAGUUCAACUUUACUUACUGCUGAAGUGAAUGGAAGCAAUUUCACUGACAUCAUGAUUCAAAAUUCACAUGAAUUUUAAUGGUCUUUUUGCAUAUCAGCAUCUAGUGCGCUUAAAAAACAUUUGGCAGUCUCUACAUAAUUGUUCCUCCCAGAGAACUCUCAUUCCUCUUGAAGAUCCCCCACCCGCCACCCCAUUAUUCAUUUUGAUGUAAGACACAUAAUUUGGACCUGGAAUGCUGUGACUCUUAAAUACUUACUUGUCAUACUCUCCUGAAAUUCCUAAGCAACAUUUUUCUCUUGUUACUUUCAGGCCUGGAUGGUUGUAUUAGUAGGGAGGUAAUGCUCAGAUAUAUAAUAAUCUACAGAUACCACAUACAGCCAUAACUGGGGCAGCCAUCAGGAUUUCAGUAAACAAAGCCAGUGACCAUUUCUAUAGGUGAACAUUCUGUAACUGAUACUGACAAUUUUGCCUAUAAAUAA